GAACCCAUCCCAGCCCAAGGGCCUCGACGAUAUCAUCAUUUUCUUGCUUUUCUUCUUCUUUUUUUUUCUUCCCCACAUGCGGGUUUUGGCUAUCUGGACGGUGCGUGUGGUGUUAACUAGCGCGAAUCAAGUAAGUUUAGUUAAUUGCGGUAUGGAUAGACAGGAUAUUUCCCGAAGCAACUCGUACAUUAUGAUGCAGCGGUUGGAUGCCACCACCACCACCACCACCAGGGUGACGGCAGCAGCAAAGCAAGGACUGGAUGGCAAGAAUCAUGCACGUUGGGAAGAAAAAAUAUAUGCAGUAUUACUGCUAUUAUUAUUAUGGUGAGGAGGAGGAGGGCGGACAUAUAAUACGACCUCUCACAUUCUCCUCAACAGACAUAGGAUUGCAGUAUCGUACCGGUAUUUUCCCACGACAAGGACAAGGACCUUACGCUGUUACAUACCAUACCGGUACAGUACUCGAGUACAGUAGCGCUUUCGCACGGUCUCCGAAAAGUAUAAAAUAUUUUAUCAUAUCCGCACGAUAGUUUUUUGCUCGCUUCUCAUGCUGCGAGCGGAGGUCAAUAUUGUCACGGUAGCUGCUUGCUUUUUUCUUUACUUCCCCUCAGAGGAGGAUAAGUCUAGCCAAGUCACUUGUCUCCUUCGCCCUACACACCAUUUCCUUUUUUUCUUUCUAGUAUUUUUACUUUUAUCCUUUGUGAGGCUGGGCUGGGCUAGUCUGGUCUGCUCAGGGUGAUGGACCGUCAUAUCUAGCUGCAGGGCAAUCUGGCAGUUUAACUACACCAUCAAAGGGAACCAUUGAAUGAAAAAAAAAAAAUCCUCACUUGUCCCCCCUCCUCCAAUUUCCAUCUUUUUGCCUUCCUGUGGUGUGCUUUAGUAUACCUUCACUGCUACCCCACGGGGUUCGUCCACUUGUCUCCUAGUAAUUCGAGACCAGUGUAACUCGACAUUCGCAUGGACGUUAGCUCCCAGAAGGGGAAACCUUAUCUAUUCUCUCUUCUUUCCCAUGAUAAUACCGGUACUAUGAAACCACAACCACAUCACACAACAUCACUCGAAAAUCCCGGCACAUCCGAAAUCUUCUGAGUUAACCGUAAAGCAGGUGAAAAAAGGGAAAAACAUGAGAUAAAAAGUACCGCAGAUUUGGCAACCCCAAACGUAUAAUACGUAUGAUACAGCUCAGUUCAUGAAACGUACGUACGGCAGAUCUAUCCAUACCACCGCCCCUCUCUACGCGUUUUCCUUCCAAAUCCUCCCCUGGAGAUCACAUUUUGAGCAAUUAUAUGGGGUAAAGGGAUUCACUACGAUACCAGUAUCUCCUCAGUCGUCAUACAUGGCGUACCUGUAUGGUACGGGGUAUGUGUUCCCCCCUCCCCCCAUUGCUCCUUCACAUCCGCUCCGCCCUUCUCCUUCGAAUUCUCUUACUUCAUGCUUCGAAUGA